AUGGCUUCCUCAAGCAUUGCCCUGAAUCGAGUUAAAAAAGAACUUUUAGAGUUGCAAACGGAUGUCAACAACCCUAUUGAAAUUUACGCAGACUCUGAUAAUAUGAUGAAAUUACGGGGCGUCAUUAUUGGUCCCCCAGACACGCCAUAUGCUGGAGCGAAGUUCACACUGGAGAUUAUUAUACCAGACACGUAUCCAUUCUUCCCACCGAAGGUUAAGUUCUUGACGAAAAUUUGGCAUCCUAACAUCAGCAGUGCUACUGGUGUCAUUUGCCUAGAUAUACUAAAGGAUCAGUGGGCAGCCGCGAUGUCACUUCGCACCAUGCUUCUAUCCAUCCAGUCUCUGCUUGCUUGUCCUGAGCCAGAUGAUCCACAAGAUGCUGUAGUUGCCAGGCAGUUCAAAUCAAACCGAAACGCUUUCAACAUAACAGCAAAACACUGGGCUUAUGUUUACGCUAACGGGCCUUCGAGGCAAAUUGAUUGCGAGACCAAGAUAAAGGAAAUUAUGUUGAUGGGUUUUUCUGAGGUAAUCGUUCAUUUCUUACCUUUAUCAUACCACUUAUUUACUUUUCAUUCUACAUUUUUUUUCUAUGGCUGGAGCUUGACGCAACAGAAAAAUGUAAUGUUGUCAAUACCUUCGAUUUAA